ACAGACUUACAAAGUUAAUCAAUUUCGAUACGCAAGUUGUUUGGCGGCUGGCGCAGGAAACUCCAAACAGCCACCCCAUCAUUGCGACACUCUCAAAUGCCCCAAGAAAGAGCAUAAUCCAGCCCACCUUGUUGAACACAAAAAUCUCGCGGUUUUCAAGAAUUUCGAGUGCAUAUUUCCGUUGUGAUAGGAAAUGGAUACGUUGCGGGAGGAUGAGGAGGAGUACAGCUGGAGAGAAGUGAAGCUGCCUAGUUUGAUACCCAUAGUGCCAGAACCAGAGCUGGAGAGAGAGAAAGGGGAGAGGAGACGAGGCCGGGACGUACUUAUAGCUGUGGAUCACGGUCCUAACAGCAAGCACGCCUUUGAUUGGGCUCUCAUCCACCUCUGCAGGCUCGCUGAUACCCUCCAUCUCAUCCAUGCCGUUUCCAGCGUGAAAAACGAGGUCGUUUACGAGAUCAGCCAGGGGCUUAUGGAGAAGCUUGCAGUUGAGGCUUUUGAAGUUGCCUUGGUGAGGACCGAGGCUCGAAUUGUGGAAGGGGAUCCUGGUAAGGUAAUUUGCAAGGAAGCAGAAAGGUUGAAGCCUGCCGCAGUGGUCAUGGGUACCAGAGGCAGAAGCAUUAUUCAAAGUGUACUGCAGGGAAGUGUGAGCGAAUAUUGCUUCCACAACUGUAAAUCAGCACCUGUAAUAAUUGUUCCUGGGAAAGAAGCUGGAGAUGAGUCGUUGAUCUAGUGAAAUGGCAAACAACCAAGUGUAUGUUCUGAAUGUUGUGAUAUUCAACAAUAGCUUGCUUGUUGUGGAUAGUUGUAGGUUUUCUGGAUAAUACAGUUUAUUAUUUUGUGUGAUUACUAUGAACAUUGUAUACGAGUGUUAAUGACAUGUUUAGCAUGUUAGGUUAUUUAUGUGAAUUCUCUGUUGCUAUCUUGAGACAAUUUGGGGUAAUGGAUUUUGGUUUCAUUAUA